AAAGUAAAUCUUUAAUUAAUGGACAUCGAUCGUCAUAUUGCAUCAUUACUUUCAGGAGGAUGCCUUCCAGAAAGAGAUUUAAAGUUGAUUUGCGAAAGAGCAAAGGAAAUCUUCUUAGAGGAGUCAAAUGUGUAGCCAGUGAAGGCCCCAGUGAAUGUUUGUGGUGAUAUUCAUGGUCAAUUUUAUGAUUUGCAAGCAUUAAUUAAAGAAGGAGGAGAUAUUCCAGAGCAUAAUUAUAUUUUUAUUGGUGAUUUCGUUGAUCGAGGAUAUAAUAGUGUGGAAACCAUGGAGUAUUUACUUUGUUUGAAAGUGAAAUAUCCUGGUAACAUCGUUCUGUUGAGAGGAAAUCACGAAUCCAGACAGUGCACUUAGGUUUACGGAUUUUAUGAAGAGUUGUUAAGAAAAUAUGGGAAUAGCAGUCCUUGGAGAUUGUUUAUGGAAGUUUUUGAUUGCUUACCAUUAGCUGCUUUAAUUGAAGGUUAAAUACUCUGCGUGCAUGGUGGAUUGUCUCCAGAUAUGAGGACAAUAGAUUAGAUCAGAACGAUAGAUAGAAAAAUUGAAAUUCCACAUGAAGGUCCAUUUUGUGAUUUGAUGUGGUCAGAUCCUGAAGAAGUAGAAUAUUGGGCUGUUAAUUCCAGAGGUGCAGGAUAUUUGUUUGGCGCUAAAGUAACAAAGGAAUUUUGUAGACUUAAUGAUUUGACUUUAAUAUGUAGAGCACAUCAAUUAGUUAUGGAAGGAUAUAAAUACUGGUUCCCUGACUAAAAUUUAGUAACUGUGUGGUCUGCUCCUAAUUAUUGUUACAGAUGUGGAAAUAUAGCUUCGAUUUUAUGCUUAGAUGACUAACUGUAAUAAACAUGGAAAACAUUCAAGGAAGUACCAGAGAGUGCGAAAAGUACAAAUCCUAAAAAUGUUCUUCCAUAUUUCUUAUGAAGUAUUUUUUUAAAUAUUAAUACAUUUUUAUGUAUAAAUGAUCUUCAA